AUGGAGAAGUCGCUUUUGGUUAGCUUCAAAGAGGACGAGUAUGAAAGAGAGAGCAGCACAUAUGUAUGCUGUUUCAGUUUCUUGGGCCAAAAGGUAAUGAAGUUUAGGGAAGAUAUACUUGAUUUUGCUCUCAAAGCUUGGGAAAUGGGUCGUUCUGAUCCCAGAAAAGUCAUAUUUGCUAUAAAAAUGGGACUGGCAUUGUCCAUUGUUUCUUCGCUCAUAUUCUGGAAAGAAUCAUUCCACAAUAUCGAUAUUGGUCAGUACUCAAUCUGGGCUAUCCUCACCGUCAUUGUCAUGUUCGAAUUCAGCAUAGGAGGGACUUUCAUUAAAGGAUUUAAUCGAGGGUUAGGAACCUUGGUUGCUGGAAUCCUUGCUUUCUGCUUCGCCGAAGUAUCUCUGCUGGCUGGAAAUUUGGAGGAAGUUGUAAUUGUCAUAAGCGUUUUUAUAGUUGGAUUUUUUGCAUCUUACUUGAAGCUGUAUCCAACAAUGAAACCCUAUGAAUAUGGAUUUCGAGUUUUCGUCUUGACAUAUUGCAUUCUUAUGGUGGCUGGGAAUAGAACAAGGGAGUAUAACGGGGCUGUUACGACUCGUUUGGUGCUUAUUGCUGUGGGUGCUGCUGUGUGUUUGUUUGUUAACAUCUGUAUAUGCCCAAUAUGGUCAGGAGAGGAUCUGCAUAACUUGGUGGUCAAAAAUUUCAAGGAAGUUGCUACUUCAUUAGAAGGGUGUGUCGAUGGCUACCUGAAAUUCGUCGAAUAUGAGAGGACUCCAUCGAAAAUUCUCACAUACCAAGCCUCAGAUGAUUCAAUGUACAAGGGCUAUAAAUCAGUGAUGGAGUCUAAAAGCCAAGAAGAAACUCUGUUGGGGUUUGCAAUCUGGGAACCACCUCAUGGCCGAUAUAGAAUGUUGAAUUAUCCUUGGAAAAACUAUGUCAAAGUGAGCAGUGCACUGAGGCAUUGUGCAUUCAUGGUCAUGGCACUCCAUGGAUGCCUUCUUUCUGAAAUACAGGCCCCAGCCGAAAAGAGACUGGUCUUUUGUACGGAGCUCCGGCGGGUCGGAGCAGAAGGUGCAAAAGUUUUGAGAGAGCUUGGGAAAAAGAUAGAGAAGAUGGAAAAGUCAGGCCCCGGAGACAUACUGAAAGAUGUUCAUGAGGCAGCAGAGAAGUUACAGAAGAGUAUAGACCGUAGAUCAUACAUACUGGUCAAUUCAGAGAGUUGGGAAAUCGGAAGACGACCUAGAGAACAAGAAGGUGCUGAAAAUGUUUCGGAUUACAAGGACAGUGAUGAUAUGAAAUUGGGACUCAAGUCCUUGAGUGAAACUGUGCUUGACCUGAGGUCUGUUUCUGCUGCAUGGACACCUUCUGCAACACAAGGUGCUUCCUCACAAUGCGUGUUUAGGAAUCAACCAGCUUGGCCAUUCGGAGUCGGCAAGGAAGACACAACAUAUGAAAGUGCAAGCGCCUUGUCCUUGGCUACAUUUGUGUCGCUCCUAAUCGAAUUCGUUGCCAGGCUUCAAAAUGUGGUCGAUUCAUUUGAAGAACUUGGUGAGAAAGCAAAGUUUACGAGUUAG